GUCCAACGAGGGAAGAUGAUUACAACGAUCAUCUGCAAGCAGUAGCAAGAGUGUUUCCGGUUGGAUUCAGUUCCUUAGAAGCGUUCCCAUGUCUAUUGAGAUCAAACUCUCCCGAUCGAAUCGAACCUAUCGCCCCGAUGAGCUACUUCAGGGAAAUAUCAUCACCAAAUUGCCUUCUUCGAUUUCUCACCGUGGAAUUCAAUUAACCAUCAAUGGUUCUGUCAAUUUGCAGGUUCGUGGAGGAUCAGCUGGACUCAUUGAAUCCCUUUAUGGUGUCUUGAAGCCUAUUCGAAUAGUGAAGAAGAGCAUCGAGGUUCAACCUUCUGGGAAGAUCAGUGCUGGCACAACACAGAUACCAUUUUCUAUGAUUCUUAAGAAUCAAGGAGAAGAACACAAAUUCUAUGAAACUUUCCAUGGAGCAAACAUUAGCAUCCAGUAUCUGCUAAAUGUAGAUGUUGUGAGAGGAUACUUACAUAAAUCGUUGUCUGCUACAGUGGAAUUCAUAAUUGAAAGUGAUUUAGCCAGUCUCCCAGAGAAACCAGUUUCUCCUGAAAUGGUCUUCUUUUACAUCACUCAAGACACACAAAGGCACUCUUUGCUUACUGAACUGAAAUCAGGUGGUUUCAAGAUUUCUGGUAGAAUUUGCACUCAGUGCCUUCUAUCUGAUCCUUUAGUGGGAGAGCUAACAGUGGAAGCAUCUGCAGUUCCUAUUUAUUCCAUUGACAUUCACUUGUUACGUAUAGAGUCAAUUAUGGUUGGCGAAAAGAUAGCGACAGAAACGUCUAUUAUUCAGACUACUCAGAUAGCAGAUGGAGAUGUCUGCCGUACUAUGUCUCUGCCUAUUUAUGUCGUACUUCCCCGACUUCUGACAUGUCCAACCGUGUUUGCUGGACCAUUUUCAAUCGAGUUCAAAGUUACCAUCCUUGUUACAUUUCAAACAGAAUUGUACAACGUGCAGCCAAAAUCUGAUCCCCGAGCUUUUAGGAAAUGGGUUGCAAUGGAAAGCCUUCCGUUGGAAUUGGUUCAAUCUAAUUGAAUCCAUGUCCGUGCAUUUGCAGCAUCUCAAGCUUCAUCACGAAGCACAGAUUUCACCAAGGUAUCAUCAUUAUGUGCUUAUUUGGUACCAGUACCUCACUCUUGAACAUGGUCAAUAAUCGGAUUAUUUAAAUGUUUCAGCUCUAAAUCCCAUAUAUUUCUUUUCUUGUUUCAAACUCAUCAUGAAUAUUAGUUUUAGAUCUCAUAACUAAUGUAUAUGUUUUGGUUACACAUUUUAUUAUCUAAUGAGUAAAUUACGUUUUUAGUCCU